UGCUACUGCUUAAAGGGAAGGUUUCUUUCUUUUGCUUUUCAUGGCGGGGUACAAAGCCGACGAGGAGUACGACUACCUCUUCAAGCUGGUGCUGAUCGGCGACUCCGGCGUCGGCAAGUCCAACCUGCUGUCCCGGUUCACCAGGAACGAGUUCAACCUCGAGUCCAAGUCCACCAUCGGGGUCGAGUUCGCCAACAAGAGCCUGCACGUCGACGGCAAGGUCGUCAAGGCUCAGAUUUGGGACACCGCCGGCCAAGAAAGGUACCGUGCCAUCACUAGUGCUUACUAUAGAGGAGCUGUUGGCGCUUUACUUGUGUAUGACGUCACCAGGCGUGCGACUUUUGAGAACGUUGGAAGGUGGCUGAGGGAGCUGAGGGACCACACCGACCCCAAUAUCGUGGUUAUGCUCAUUGGCAACAAGUCUGAUCUCCGCCAUCUUGUGGCAGUCCCACAGGAUGACGGGAAGUCAUUUGCUGAGAAUGAGUCACUCUAUUUCAUGGAGACUUCCGCAUUGGACGCGACCAAUGUGGAAGCAGCAUUUGCCGAAGUUCUUAGUCAGAUUUAUCGGAUUGUGAGCAAGAAAGCAGUCGAAGCAGGUGACAACCCAGGUGUUUCUUCUGUUCCGGGUCAGGGACAAACGAUCAAUGUCAAAGAAGACGGGUCUGUUUUUAAGAGGAUUGGAUGCUGCUCUAGUUAAGGAGGGUUUCUUUAGCUGCUUGUUGCUAGUAGGGAGGGUCUGCUAAGUGCUACCUCUGUGUAUAUUUUUUCUUACACAAAAUGUCCUCGGAUAUAAAUUGGUGUGGGAAUUGUUGAUGCAGGAAUUCUGGAAAGUGGGUCUAAAACUAGUCAGGCCAGUUGAAUUUGAUAACUAGGUCGAAUUUUGUUUUGGUCGGAUUGAAAUGAUGGUAUUCUGAUGGUGACAUCAUAUUAACCAAUACAUUCCUGAUUAUUGCUCCGA